AUGUCAAACUGGUGGACUUACCUUGCCUUCCUCGCUUUGGCGGCUUGCGGUCUGACCGCAGACCAAGAUGUCCUCACCAUUCUGAGGCAGCAAAGCGGCAUUGGCAGUUUCACCGGGCUUCUAGAGCAAGAUGGCGACCUGGUGGAUAUACUCAACCAAGGGACUUUCAGUGUCAUUGUUCCAGAUGAUCAAGCCAUGUCCGACUUCAUCGCGAAUAACCCGAACAUCACAUCAGAUGCCAAUGCUGUUCGAGCCUUGCUGCAGUAUCACAUCGCAAAUGGCACUCAUCCAUCGGCCACCUUUGGUCUGCAACCCUUGUUUGUGCCUACCUUGUUGACGGAUACCAACUACACCAACGUUACUGGCGGCCAGGUGGUAGAACUCAGCACGGACAAUAGCCAGCCGGCUGUUAUCUCUGGGGUCAAGGCUGUAUCCCGCGUCCAGGAGGCUGUGAGUGAUCACCGUGACACCUAUGCUGGCGUCGUGAGAAAGAAUGAUCUAAUCCAAUGGCAACAGGACAUCUUCUACCUCGGCGGGCUCAUACAUAUCGUGGAUUCCGUCUUGACCAUUCCGCUUUCCUUUCCCGCCACAAUCACGAAAGCCGGACUCACUGACCUGAUAGCGCUGUUGAACAAGGGAGGAUGGCUGAAUCCGUCAUCUCCAGCCGUGACCAUCGUCAACACUCUGUCUGACCUGACGGUCUUUGCUCCCAACAGCUCCCAGUUCGGCGCCAGUUUCACCGGAUGGGAUGGUCUUUCCGCCACGGAUCUACUGUCAAUCUUCAAGUACAGCAUAUCUCAGAGAAACGUGCAGUAUUCAUCCGAGUUCAAAAACAACAGCAAGGUGCCCACUCUGGAUGGCAUUUCUGCCACCAUGACAGAAGUGAAUAAUGGGUUCUACGUUGAUGCCUCGCACAUUACUACCAGAGACUAUAUCACUUCGAACGGCGUGUUGCAGCUUCUGGACAGCCCUUUGAACCCGAACACGACCAACUCACGCCCUUUCUCGGGCCAUAUAUCAUCAUCACCGUCCUCGGACGGCGGAUCCGGUGGCCUCAGUGCAGCAGCGGGUGCAGGGAUCGGCAUUGCCCUCGGCGUCCUGAUUCUCGGCGGAGCCCUUAUUGUUGUUCUGUAUAUCCGCACCAAGCGGCGUCGACGGGCUGGCAUGGGCGACGUCCAGAGAUUAGACGGCGAGUCGCGCGAGCGCGUGAUCUACCAUUCUGAUGCGGACGGUCCGCCGCCCACCUACGAACUGGAGACCAAGUCAGUGGUGGAUGGUGGCCGCGGUGGCACUCGGACUCAUGUCUUCGAUCUCCAACAUCCGCCCAACCCACCUUCUCCAUUGGAGAUCGAUGGUAUAGAGAGGAGCAGGAUCAACAUCACCAUCGAGGGAAGUCCUCCUCGUCAUUUGGGAUUUCAGGCUCGUUACUAG